UACCUGUAGCGGAUUAUGAGUAUGUAUUCUAAUACAAUAUUUCUCUCUCUCUCCUACAGUGGUGAAGUCACCCUUGAGCGGCGGUGCUCGUGGCGGCCCCCUGACACUCAACCUUCAAGCGGCACUCGGGACACCUCGGAGGAGGCCACCAGCCCCUCGGCGGCACCGGAGGGCCGAAGCCCCUCCAGGGCGUCGCAGGGGACGCCCGAGAACGCCCUGAUCAGGGGCACAGGCGCCAGGACCUCGCGGCGGUCGCCCCUCCCGCGGUGUCCGUCGGCGGAAAGUCUCACGUCCUUCGCCGAGUCGUUAGUGACCCCUGGGGGGGCGUCUUCGCCGUCUCUAGUGCCGGCCAAGAGCACCCCCUCACUCCUCCACAAUGCCCCUCACGCCUUCUCCGCCAAGCUCUCCGGUGUGAGCGCCGCCUUCCACUCCUCCAGGUCGACUCCGAACCUAGACGAGAGUGAGGAUGGGAGCAUGGUGACCAAGAAGUCUCCCAUGUACUCCCACCUGCAAGGUGCCUCGUCUUCGUCUGGCAUGGUGGGCGGCCGCUACUGGGACGUCACUAUGGGGGCCGACGACACCCCGGACCGGGAGGACUACGCCCAUCACCUCCGCUCAUCUUCCUACCAGUUGCUUCACUCGAGGCAGCUGUCGGCCCUCAGCUCCGGCUCUGCUGGCUCCUACCACAGCAGACAGCACUCCAACACCUCUAAUUACAGCGAACCUGAUGACCUGAGUCCUGGAGGGGACCACGUGUCUGGCCACAGUCACCACCAUGGCAUGGAUCGCGCCAGGUUCUUCUCCUACGACAACCUCAGUCCGGAGUCGUCCGGUCAGAAGUACCACGGGUCGUGGAACAUGUCUGAGCCAGAUCUGACCCUGGCGCCGCCACCAUAUUCCCCGCCAGGACCCGGCUACCAACACCAGCAGCCGCCUGUGUCCCCGACUGUGCCUACGUCGCCUGCGCCGCCGUCGACGCCAGCCAAACACUCUCCUACGUCUACUUCGUCAUCGAACCGUCACCCAUCCUCGCCUCCUCCUCCCCCCGUGCGUGACGCCUCUAGUCUAAAAUAUAUCAAGUAUGGCCCAGGGCAUGAAAAGUAUCCAUCGUGGCCCGUGCCGGCGGGCAACCAGGUGAUACAGCACGGGUCUGCGCCUCACGAUGCUAACGUGUCUGGCCUGCCUGACUCCAGCUCCCAGUCCCCGGCACCUCAAGGCUCACACCGCUCCAAAUCCUGGACGGAACAGUCGGAAUACCCCAAGGAGAAGGCUGGAGGCUACGCUCGUCCUUAUAACAAGAAGCCUUUAAAUCAGUCCUUUCAGAGGCAACUCAAAACUGUGAUGGAGAGAUCUGAAAAGAUUCCAAUGGAAGUGUUUCAUAACAGUAUUCGAGUGGAUGUGUUUAGUUCCAAUUAUUCGUUUAUGGACUCGUAUUACAAGCCUUCCAACUCGUACUAUCCCCUGUACGACCGUGACGGGCGUGCCCUGGACGAUAAGGACUACAGCAUCCCAUCCCCGCCAGAACGGGAUCUGGGGAUGGGCGAGGCCACACUCAGUCAGGUCACAGCGGAGCAGCUGGACGAGUAUGUCCGUCAGUAUGAGGAGUUUGGUUACGCUGAUUUAAUUGGCACGACGCCGCUCUUGGACCAGCUGCGACGCGAGUCUGUCAUGUGGGACGGCAGCUCUGAGCGCGACUCUGGAAGAGGCGAGAGUGAGAGCGUCGCUGACAGCGCUCGCUACAGCAAUGGACGCGAGAGCGUCACCACCGUUGUCACCAACUCUUCGUCUGCAUCAUCUUCGGAAACCCUCAAGUGGCAUGGCUCUCUUUCUGAUAUAUCUGUGAUGUCGGGCAAUUCCCGGGACCCGCGUUCAGACCACAACAUCGUGCAUAGUUCGCGCGUGCAGGCACCUCAGCGGCACAACAGUGAAUCGGUUCUUUAUUACGGUGGGGACAGAGGCAAGCCUCCCCAUGGAAGACUUGGCCACGAUUCCCGCGACCACCGGGAUUUGCGGCGCUCUAUCCGUGACACCGAGUCUGGCUACCCAAGACCAUCACGGGAAGGCAAAUGGAGUAGAGAAGUUGAAAAAAAUAACGAAAUGAAUAACCUGAAGAAAUUCCCUUCUUAUUCCUACACACAGCCGCUUUCCCAGAUCACGGAGGCACCUACAGCGGAAAUGCGGGAGACUCCCAGGUCGCCCACCCGGUCUCCUCAGAGCCCUACCAUAGACUUCAGCAAGCCUCCGUCAGUGGCAGAGCGGAUUCACGAAUUGGAACGACAGUCCCGCACCACCACUGGGCCUGAGAGCACAACCUGCUGGCCCAGGGACCACAGUGGCUCAAGAGAGAGGGACCCAAGGGACCCUCGAGAUCACGACGCCCGUGAGCCCCGAGAUCCUAGGGACACAAGGGAAAUGCAUGAACUACGAGACACCCAGGAGCUCGUCCGGAGGCCUCGCGACGAUGCCUCGCCACAAGAGAUUCGCGAACCAGUUGACAAGGCGGAGACUCGCACUCAAAGAGAACUCCGGGAAUCUGGUGAGACACGCACUCACCAGAGGAAAGGUUCGCGAGACUCUCAGAGAGGAGACAGGGACUUGCGGCUGGAUUUCUCAAGAUUAGACCGGAAAGCAGACGGUGCUCACUCUUCCUUAGAGACUCUUCGAUCUCCUACAACGCCUGCGUCUUCCAGAUCGCCCACACAAAAGGAUCCUGACGGAAGGCCAUUCGUCCAUGAGAAUUUCCAAAACUUGCUAAACACUUUCACGGAGGUUGAUAGAGUUGAAAGACUGGACCGCCCUGAUAGACAGAGCAGUAAUGUGUCAUAUUCCUACUUAGAUCCCGAGAAGAGACGCAAAGUGCCGGACGCUACCCUAAAGAGCAUUCAGAAACAGGCCGUGUUGUCCUUCUAUGAACGCCACACGGGCAAGAGCCUAGGUUGUGCCUCUGUCAGUGAUCUCAGCUCGGCGAGCAGUCAGUCGAGUCUGAUAUCCUCCCAGUCAGCUCCGGAGACGUCACAGGGGAAGUGGGCAAAUGUGUCCCAUUCGGUCUUGAACCAGAGUAUGCGGACGGACAAAUCUGGGAGAGCAGGGAAGGGGCUGGCGCGCCUAGGCCGAGUUCCUGAAGGUGAAACAGACGAACACACACACCGGCCUGGUCGCCGGCGGUCCAUGAGCGGCCGUGACUCCGGGAGUGAGGCUGGCACCGACGACCUCUCUAGAGGAGGCUCUCAGCGGUCCUCCCUCGCCUCCGACGCCGCCGCCUCCCGGAGUGAACAGCCGCCGGCACUGCCUCAGAAGCAGCUGCAACUCGUUCAUCAGGAGGUGAGUAAAUCUUUUGUUCAAGAAAACUUGUUCUUGUUCAGCAGGUAGUAACGGUGGAGUCGCGGAAAUUGUGACCGUAUUAAUCUGGUGAUUCAUUUAGUGAAUUGCCUCGUAUUUUGUGAAGUAAUGUAAGAAUGGCUUUGUUCUAUUCGCGUUAUCGUGUGGGUGAGCUCACCACUUGUUAAGAACUCAAACACUCCAACCACACUACCACGUAAAGCUCUACUCUAUAACCCCAGCUCUGAUUCUCAGAUUUAUCAACCUUU